GUCGGCAACAUGACAGGUCGAGUCGUUCUGAGUCGCUGGGACGCGGCCGCGGCGGCUUCCCACUGGGGGCUGCUGUCCUCCCGGAGGGGCCUCAGCGCUUCAGCUCACACGGUGUACGACGUGGUGGUGUCGGGCGGAGGCCUGGUGGGAGCCGCCAUGGCCUGUGCCUUGGGAUACAAUCCUCACUUUCAUGACAAGAAAAUCCUGUUGCUGGAAACAGGCCCCAAAAAGAUGUUGGAGAAAUUGCCAGAAAAUUACAGCAAUAGGGUCAGCUCCAUUUCCCCUGGCUCUGCAACCCUUCUCAGUAGUUUUGGUGCCUGGGACCACAUCUGCAACAUGAGGUGCAGAGCUUUUCGGCGAAUGCAGGUGUGGGAUGCCUGCUCCGAGGCCCUGAUCAUGUUCGAUAAAGAUAACUUGGAUGACAUGGGCUACGUCGUGGAGAACGACGUCAUUUUGCACGCUCUCACUAGGCAGCUGGAGGCCGUGUCAGAUCGCGUGACAAUUCUCUACCAGAGCAAAGCAGUCAAAUAUACCUGGCCCUGCCCCCUGGCAGACUCCAGCCCCUGGGUUCUUAUUACCCUAGAAGACGGCAGCACCUUCCAGACCAAAUUGUUGAUUGGUGCAGACGGUCACAACUCGGCAGUGCGGCAGGCGGCAGGAAUCCGAAACGUCAGCUGGAACUAUGACCAGUCUGCCGUUGUGGCGACUCUGCAUCUGUCAGAGGCCACGGAAAACAACGUUGCUUGGCAGAGAUUUCUUCCCUCUGGGCCCAUUGCUCUGCUCCCGCUCUCAGACACCUUGAGCUCCUUGGUUUGGUCCACAUCCCACGCACAUGCAGCAGAACUGGUCGGCAUGGACGAGGAGAAGUUUGUAGAUGCCAUUAACUCUGCCUUUUGGAGCGAUGCUAACCACACAGACCUUGUCGACUCCAUGGGCACCAUGCUACAGUUUGCAGUUGCCUUUCUGAAGCCUACCAGGGUCUCUGCACGCCAGCUUCCCCCGAGCGUAGCCAGGGUGGAUUCACAGAGCCGCGUACUGUUCCCCCUCGGACUGGGACAUGCCGCUGAGUACGUUCGACCUCGACUUGCACUCAUUGGGGAUGCAGCUCACAGAGUCCAUCCACUAGCAGGACAAGGUGUCAACAUGGGCUUUGGGGAUGUCUCCAGUUUGGUUCAUCACCUCAGUACUGCAGCCUUCAAUGGGAAAGAUUUAGGCUCCAUGAGCCAUCUGACAUGUUAUGAAACAGACCGGCAGCGUCACAACACUGCUCUCCUGGCUGCCACUGAUCUGCUAAAACGACUGUAUUCCACCAAGGCCACUCCACUGGUGCUGCUCAGGACAUGGGGCCUGCAGGCUACAAAUGCAGUAUCUCCACUCAAGGAACAGAUUCUGGCCUUUGCAAGCAAGUAAAUGCUUCUCAUCUGAAGAUUUUAUU